AUGGCAGCUUAUAGUGCUGUAAUUUCUCUUCUUCAAACUCUUGACGAACGAAAUAUUCAUGAACUCUUUCAUGUUCACACUGCUGAAAUGCUCAAUUCUCUUCGUGCUAUUGCUGAAUAUUUCCAAAAAGUUCUUGAUGAAUUUGUAUUUGGAAAAAUCAAAUCUUUGGAGGAAAAAAUUAGAGAUGCUGCUAGUGAAGCAGAAGAUGUUGUUGAGCUGAAAACUUGUCAAAUCAUCAAAGGGACAAGCUGGACGUUUGGGAUUUCACAACACCAGGAUUUACUAGCUGUUUUUGAAAAAAUGGAUACAACAAAGAAACAAGUGAUGGAGAUUGUUUCUGAUGAUGCUGAUCAAAUUCUUGAAAUAUCCGGGGAUUCCAUGAUUGGCACUUCUUCUACAAGUUAUCCAAUGGUGGAAGAUGAUAUUGUGCAGGGAAUUGAUGAUGACUUGGAGAUCAUAGUUAAAAGAUUGGCAGGACCACCGUUGGAUCUAGACACUGUCACAAUAUCAGGCAUGGGUGGCAUUGGCAAAACAACACUCGCUAGAAAAGCUUAUGAUCAUCUAACAAUCAGGUAUCACUUUGACAUUCUUGCUUGGGUUACAAUAUCUCAAGAAUUUCGGUGUAGAAAUGUGUUGUUAGAAGUUAGUUUUAACGCAAAAGAUUAUGAUGAGAUGGAUGACAAUGAGUUAGCUGACCUAGUGCAGAAAAAGCUAAAGGGUCCAAGAUACCUUAUUGUUAUUGAUGAUAUUUGGAGUAGGGAUGUUUGGGAUAGUAUAAGAGGUGUAUUUCCUAAUUACAAAAAUGGAAGUCGAAUCUUAUUGACUACUAGGGAAACCGAGUUUGGACCAAAAUAUGAUCAUCCUCCUGAAUUGGAAGAAAUUGGAAAGGAAAUAGUAGAAAAAUGUCAAGGACUACCCUUAACAAUUUCAGUGAUUGAAGGACAUCUCUCUAAAGUUGCCAGGACAGUACAAGGUUGGAAGGAUGUUGCCCGAACCUUAAGUGAAAUCAUUGCUAGUCAUCCAGAUAAAUGCUUAGGAGUUGUCGGCUUGAGUUACCACCACUUGCCUAAUCGCCUCAAACCUUGCUUUCUUUCUAUGAGUAGUUUCCCAGAGGAUUUUCAGGUUGAUACUCGGAGAUUGAUCCAAUUAUGGAUCGCAGAAGGUUUCAUAAGGACGUCUGCUGGAAGUGGUAAAAGUUUGGAGGAAGUGGCGAUGGACUAUUUCGAGGACCUUAUUAGCAGGAACUUGAUACAGGCUAGAAAAAGGAGAUUCAAUAGUGAGAUAAAAGCAUGUAGAAUACAUGAUAUACUGCGUGAGUUCUGUUUGAUAGAAGCUGAAAUGACAAAGCAUAUGCAUGUUGAGAGAACUCACCCUACUCUUCCAACACAAAAGCACAAUGUCCAUCGCUUCAGUUUUCAAACCAGAUUUUAUUCAGUUGAUGAUUGUUUUAAGGUAUUACCCCCUGCCACCAGAUCCAUCCACUUAUUUUCUCAAUUGAAUACUCUUGAACCCUGUAUUAAUCUUUUCGGGACAUUGCCCACCUACCAUCCUAAUCCUUUAAUAGAUGAAUUUUUCUCUCAUUUCAACUUUCUCAGGGUAUUGGCCAUCUUCAAUACAAAUAGAUACUUCGAGUCAUUUUCACUUGUUACAAAGUUGUUUCAUUUGAGAUAUCUCGAAGCUCCAUUUAGAGGAGAAAUUCCUGACUCAAUCUCAGAGCUUCAGAAUUUGCAAACUCUAAUUUGUAGUGGUAGUCAUAAAUCAUAA